AUGUCCGCCAUAAACCCAGACGAGAUAUUCAAGAAGGUCUCGCCGGAAACUCGGAAAGUGCAUAUCGAUGAGUGAGUCAGUGCAUGGAUACAAAAAAGUUUAAUGGGGUUAUUCAGGCUGUGAAAAAAACGAUUUUUUUUCGUUUUUUUUCGUUUUUUCACGUCAAAAAACCCAAUUCAGCGGUGUAAAAAAACGGAAAACAAACAUACGCUGAAUAUAUAGCCCCAUAAGAAAAUUAUCAUAUUUUGAAGAUAGAUUUCAGGACCAAGUUUUUCUGAUUUCCAGAGCAAUCUCAUCAGUCGUCAGAAAGUUAUCGGCCAAGGUGAAAUCUGGAACAAUGUAAGUUGUUCGAAUUGAAUAAUUUAAGAUAAACUGCUGGAAAUCCUCUUUCAGGUCAUCCCCCCAAUCUUCGCCGACCUCGUCAGACCUCCCGUCACUCGCACAGACUCCGACUCGAGAAUAUUCGACCAAUCCGUCCCUUCCUCUCUCUCCUGCUUCUUCUUCUUCUUCUUCUGGUCCCCAAGAUACUCCCGUACUCACCGUUCUCCAGUUCAUCAUCAGAGAAGCCACGGUCCGCCUUCAGAAGGAGCAGAUUUACGAAAAGUGGAUGUGAGUGUAAAGUCAACGAGCAACAGUACUUUUCCGGACGGUUUUGGCGAAAAGCUGUCAACUAGAAAAUUACAGUACCAGACGUGAAAUGAAAUUUAUUAUUGUAGUUGACAACUUUUCGAUCCAAACACUUCUAAAGACACUGUAGCUUGGCAAAGUAGGCCUAGCGUUUCAGUGCUAAAUUCCAAGAGCUACACUACCUUUAUGCCGCGUUCAAAGUCUCGAAAACUCCGCAAAUCUCGCGGAUUUUGCGGUCCAAAGUCUUCAGAAAUUUGCGGGAAAUCCGGGGUGCGCACAGCUGAACGAGUGUUACCGUACACCAUAAAACUACGGUAUUUUUUUUAAAGUUUUUUUCCCCAAGAAAUUUGAAAAAAAUUGCAAACAUUCUCGAGAAAUUUAAAUUUUUUUCAAAAAAAUACCGAUGAAAAAUUUACCCAAGAAAUUUGAAAAAUUGCAAAUAUUCUCGAGAAAUUUAAAUUUUUUUCAAAAAAAUACCGUUGAAAAAUUUACCCAAGAAAUUUGAAAAAAAUUGCAAAUAUUCUCGAGAAAUUUAAAUUUAAAAAUACCGUUGAAAAAUUUACAAUUGAAAAAUUUGCAAUUUUUUUCAAAUUUCUUGAAAAAUUUACAAUUGAAAAAUUUGCAAUUUUUUUCAAAUUUCUUGAAAAUUUACAAUUGAAAAAUUUGCAAUUUUUUUCAAAUUUCUUGGGUAAAUUUUUUUAACGGUAUUUUUUUGAAAAAAAUUUAAAUUUCUCGAGAAUAUUUGAAAUUUUUUUAAAUUUCUUAGGGUAAACUUUCAAAAAAAUACCGUAGUUUUAUGGUGUACGGUAACACUCGUUCAGCUGUGCGCUCCCCGGAUUUCCCGCAAAUUUCUGCCGACCUUGGACUGCAAAAUCCGCGAGAUUUGCGGGGUUUCCGAGACUUUGGACGCGGCAUUAAGAGUGGUCGUAGAAAAAAGUCAUCAACUGACAAAAUCAAGUACUAUUUUCAGGGAUCGAUCUGCAAUCGUGAACAAGAUUCGAACCGACACGUGGCUGGGUAUCGUCCGAGAUGCGAAGGAGUUGUUUCCGGAGGAAACGACAGAGCUGACUGCGGCCAAAGCGAAAAAAAUGCACUCGAAUUAUCGAAGACGCAAUCCUGAGCAAGUCGAAUAUUUGAAAAACAGAAAUGGGAAUUUGAAAAAAAGCAGAAAAAAAAAUUUGAAAAACAGAAAUUGUUCUUAUCAAUUGUUUGUGGAAUUCCAGAAUAAUGCAACAAAUUCUCAAGUGUCCGGAGGGCAUCAACAAAGAUAAUUGGCCGGCAAAGGCGGCAGCUGCGAAGAAAAGACAAUUCUUCGAGGAAUCCGGAGCUCACGUGGAAGCUCCAAGCCGUCCGAAAAGAGAGUGUGUGCGCCAGAAUUUGAAAACGUCGGAAGUUGCGUCGAAAGUCGAGAUGCCAGAGUUAUCCGUUCCAGUUCCAGCGCAAAAUAUUGCGUUUAGCGGGAAUUCGGCCGAAGAAAUCACUUUGGAGCAGAUUCGACGCAUUGAACUUGCCUUCGCCGCCGAAAUUUCCGGUAAGAAUAUAUAUUUUUCAAUUCUCUUGAAUUAUCGAUUUUCUCGUUUUUUAGGAGGUCGCCAAAGCUUGAAGCCUGAAAAAUUGGUCAUCAAUUGCAUCCCGUGGAAAUGUGAGUUUUCAAAUAAAAGAAGUUGGCAAUGAAAAAAUGUUAAUUUUAGGAUUCUCCCAGACACGGAUAAAUAUUGCAAACAAACGCAGGACGUGAAACAUUUGUAAUUCGAACUUUUUUCUAACGAGCUUUAUCGAAAAAAGAAUAAAAAUUUCUGUAGUGACCUAGAUAAAUAAGAAGCACACGCGCGCACACGUUAUUACAGACAACAUCGAAAGAAAAAACACGGUCUCCCAGGAGGCGCUAAUGCUAAACACAGUGCGCUCAUAAGUUGCGGAGUGUCGUUGCAACUUUUGAAAAUUUGCACGUCUAAAAAUACAGUUCAAUUCGAGUUUACGACCUUUAUUUCUUUCUUUUUGACUUGAAAAACGUCUAGAAAACAAUAUUUUACCGAUUCUUUACCGAUUUACCGAUUCGAUUCUUUAACCGUUCUUUACAGAAUUUAGAGUUUUUCAUGUUUUUAGCGUCUUUUUCGCAUUUCGUCAAAACUUCGAACCUUUAUAUUUCAGCUCAUUUUGCAUUUCAUGAGCCCAACGAACGAUAAAAAUGUUCGCUGAAUCUUUCUUCACAAAAUUCAGGUUCCGGAAUUUCCGUAGUGCUCUAAUUAUUUGAAUCCAGGUUCCAGGCGUACAAAAAGUAGGUGCAUUGUGCAGAAAACAUCGAAAGAACGCGAACUCCCGUUGAAAAUUAAUUAAUCGGCCGCCGCGUAAAUCGACACAGCCCGCCUGUUGCAAGUGCGCCCCAUUGAAAUCAUUCGCGCCCUGGGAGAUCGUGAAAACGUCAUUAAUUCUGAAAAUUAGUGUGUUUUCAUAUCGAUUUAUCACCUUUGGCCACAAAAAUCAGAGAAAACCUGCUCAAUUCAUGAAAACGCCAUAGGGUUUCGCAAUUCAAAUCUUUUUCUCGUUUUUAUCUUUUAAAACAUGUCGAAACGCAAUUGCAAAAAACUCAAAUUUGAAUUUUCAGGACUCUUUGCAAUAAUUUGUGCAGUUGGAAGGGCGCGGCGCCGAUGGAAAUUCGAGCGACACGAAGUAGCUGCACGAAUAUACUGAGAGAGCCUGAAAAGAAUGAAAAGAAAAAAAAAGAACAGUUGCUUUCUUCGCCGAUGAAUAAUUUCAGACUCUCUUAACGAAUUUUACAUUUGAAAAUGAGAAAUUGUAAGAAUUACAUCAACUUUUUAGGCCCCCGCAACACUUUUUGAUAUCACUGAGAAACUAUGAAACUCAUAUUGCAAUUCCAGACACGAUUUUGUGACGGCACACGGUCUCCAGAGCUGACAAUGGGCGGGCAAGUGCGCCCCGCCCAAUAGAGCGAUACAUUGGCGCGAAAUUCAAAUUUUAACAGCAAAAUUUGUGUUUUUUGCCAGAUACGCCACGAAAAUCCGAUAAUUUCUCAUUUGUCUCUCGAUAGACCGAUUGUAUAGGCUAUUACGAAUUUUUUAAGCGCAAGAGCGUUAAAUUUGGCCAAGUCGCAAAUCACAUUUAUCCGUUUGAAGGUUUUUCGCUAAAACUGCGUGAAUUUCAGUUGCUUUUCGGUAGUUUUCGCGGUUCGAGCGCUCAAAAAGCUUGUAUUUACGUGAUUCAUCAUUCUCAAAACCAAUUAUUUUUGAAAACGGUCAAGAAAGCGCAAAAUGAGAAAAAAAAAACAAAAAAAAAGUGUUUCGAUUUUUUGAUGACAUUGUGAAAUGCCACGUAUUGUAUCGCCCCAAAAAAGUGUAGAAUCGAAUUCAUUCCUUCCUCCCCCUCCCUCUUAAAAAUGUCUGCUUAUUCACUUUGUCUUCUUCUUCUUAUUUUUCUUCUAUUGAACGUGGCAUGUGUGAAAAUUGGUUUCCAAAAGCUGACGGCCGAGGAGAACGAAAAACUGCACGAAAAUUGUGGAAUAGCCGAACGAGGUGAGUGAAAUCCGGCACAAAGUCUACGAAACAUCGAAAAAAAACAACAAAAAUCGGCGUUGCAGACCCGACAGAGGACAACGACGGAUUCAAUGAACAUAUUGGCGAAGCGCCGUGGGCGAUCGGAGCUCAUAGUCAGGGAAAAUACUCAGGAGCGACUCUGAUCUCGCCGAGACACUUUCUGCUGCCGGCCACACUAGUCAUCGCGAAAACCGAUUUUGAGAAUUUGAACAGAACCGAAUGCCGUGAUGGGUAUGGAUGGAAUCUUGUAGUAUUUCUGUAGUCGAUCACCUUUGUCUACCACCACUCCCUGGGGUACUGUAGCGCGUGGAAGUUGGUGACACAGUACUCUAGGGAGUGGUUCCAGAAAAAAAAAAUUAGUGCCAAAUUCCCAGCGCUACACGGUCUCUAGAGCUGACAAUAUGGGCGUGGCCUCGGCCAAACGGCGUUUUCAUGAAUUGAGCAGGUUUUUUCUGAUUUUUGUGGUCAAAGACGAUGAAAAAUGAUUCGCUUUUUUCGCUUUUCGCCUUCGCUUUUUCGCCGAUCGCCGCCUAAAAACCGCACUUCUCAUUUUGCGCUUUCUUGACCGUUUUCAGACAGAAUUGGUUUUGCGAAUGAUAAAUCACGUAAAUACAAGCAUUUUGAGCGCUCGAACCGCGAAAACUACCGAAAAGCAACUGAAAUUCAAGCAGUUUUAGCGAAAAACCUUCAAACGGAUCUGCGACUUGACCAAAUUUAACGCUCUUGCGCUUAAAAAAUUCGUAAUAGCCUAUACAAUCGGUCUGUCGAGAGACAAAUGAGAAAUUAUCGGUUUUUCGUGGCUAAUCUGGCAAAAAACGCAAAUUUUGCUGUUAAAAUUUAAAUUUCGCGCCAAUGUAUCGCUCUAUUGGGCGGGGCGCACUUGCGCCCAUUGUCAACUCUGGAGACCGUGCGCUACAGUACCUCAGAGAGUGAAUUUAGCAAAAAAAGUUGUCAACUACGAAAAAAAAAAAUUUUUUUUUCGAAAAUAUUCAGACUUCUAAGCAUUUUCAGAGCGCUACUUCUUACUGAUGCCAUCAUAAAACAACUGGAUGCGAUUUGGUGGAAAGGAAGUGUUGCAUCGAGAGUCGAAACACUAACGUCGUACAAAUCCGUGUACUACCUCGGAAACUGCACAUCGGAAAACACGAUCAGACUGUUGUUAGUGGAACUGAAAGAAGAUGUGACCAUACCGCCCGUCUGUUUGCCACGUAAGCAAAAUGUUCAUCAAACCGUUGUGCUACUAUUAUCGGGGCACCGGACAGAAAGGGCGCCGCGCUGUUCGCAAUCUGGCCGAAUUUCUAGGCCGCGAAGUAAUUUUCCACUGAAAAUGUGGCCUAACUUUUCAAACUCGGCCCGAGAUCGCUCAAUUUGCACUGCAAAAAGGCGUUUCUCAUCAUUCUGUGCAGUGCCCCUAAAUAUAAUAAAAGAAAUAGUGCUCUAGAAAAAAACAGUUCAUAACUCGACCAACUACAAAGUUAUUCACGAGCACGGCGACCAUGAGUGUAGAAAGGGGCGUGGCCUAAUCUGAGACGCGUUUUCUGAAAAUUGCCGCAAUUCCAGCACACUUUUCCGAUAUUUUUGUGUGUUGAUAUCGACGAAAGAAGAGACAUUAAAGAGAGAAAACAUUGAAAUUUUCGUGAAAACGCCGCGUUUGAGACGUUUUUGGCAUUUUUUUUGGCCGCCGAAAUUUCGGAAUUUUCAUAGCGGCCGAUCUGUAUAAUUUUGAGACGAAGUGAGUGUCGGAAGUUAAGCACACGUUAAUACAAGUAUUUUAAGCGUUCAAACGGCAAAAAGUAUCGGCGAAUGACUGAAAUUCGCGCAUUUUCAGCACAAAACUUGAAAAUCGAUUGAAUUGAUUGAAUUUCUGAAUGAAACCUGCUCGUUUUAAGGUCUCAAAAAAUGCGCGAUGAUUAGUUUAUUAAAUUUAUGCAAUUACAUCAUCGAAACCCGUACAAAAUUUGGGUAAAUUUUGACGAAUAACAUGAAAAAUGGGCUUAAAUUUCGAAACCGUGCACGCUAGGCCCCACGCCCCUUUCUACGUUUUUGGUCGCCGUGACGAGAUAAUUUGUGUCAACUUUCCCGUAGACCAUUUUCCUCAUGAGCCUGCUUCUUGAGUUACUACAGGCCACAAAAGAUGGGCUCACUUGUUUUCUAAAAGUCUGCGUACGCUCAUCUCGCAGUUUUUUUCGACUUUUGUGACACCUCAAUUUCAGUGAAAGGUCAGCGAUUGUCAUUCGGCGAGGAAGUUCGAACGCAUCGGUGGUCGAGCAAACACGAGUUGAAGCCCGGAAAAAAGUACAUGGCGAGAGAGAAAGUGCUCAACAAACUGAAUUCGGAAUUCAUUUUCACGUCUCAAUUGCCAGUGGCCCCGGACCAAAUCAAUUCGAGCGGAAGCCCGAUGGUCAGAAUGCGCGAUUCCAGAUACACGGCGUUUGCCAUUUUCCGCUACAGUAGACAAUGUUUGUCACACAGAAAAAAGAAGUGUCGGUUGAAACAAGAGUGUUCAUUUCAGUCGGUACUUCCAACAACACAGCUCUGCGUGAUAUGCGUGACGUUUACUUCAAACUCAACUUUUAUCUCGAUCGGAUUCGGCGUCUGACGGGGAUUACUGAACCUGCCAGACCUCCUCAACUACCGGGAACCCGGUUGAGCAUAUUGGAAAAUGUGAAGUUGCAUGAAGAGUGCGGAGUGGCUCCGAAAGGUUUGAGAAACUAGUUAGAGUUGUUAAAACACUUGAAGAAAAAUAUCUGAAAAUCCAACUUGAUUAUUCACAGAUGAAAGUGAUGAACCGAACGCGGCCGGAUACCGGGGAGAAGCGCCGUGGGCCGUCGGGCUCGUGUUCGAUCUUCCGGACCCGGUCGUUUACAAGGGUGCCACGCUCAUCACGCCGAGACACGUGCUCUUUUCGGCGGACGCAGUGUUCGAGACGAACUGGGCGUUCCUGGAUCGGCGAUUGUGCGGCGACGGACUGCUCGCAGUGGGCGCCGAAAAAUUGAGUGUCAUCUCGUGGCUCGGUGACGUUAAAAACCGAACGGAAAAGUAUUCGCCGGUGAAGACGGUAAUGCCGCGUCCAAAGUCUCGGAAACUCUGCAAAUCUCGCGGAUUUUGCAGUCCAAAAUCGGCAGAAAUUUGCGGGAAUUCCGGGGAGCGCACAGCUGAACGAGUGUUACCGUACACCAUAAAACUACGGUAUUUUUUUGAAAAAAAUUCAAAUUUCUCGAGAAUAUUUGCAAUUUUUUUCAAAUUUCUUGGGUAAAUUUUUCAACGGUAUUUUUUUGAAAAAAAUUUAAAUUUCUCGAGAAUAUUUGCAAUUUUUUUCAAAUUUCUUGGGUAAAUUUUUCAACGGUAUUUUUUUGAAAAAAAUUUAAAUUUCUCGAGAAUAUUUGCAAUUUUUUUCAAAUUUCUUGUGUAAAUUUUCAAACGGUAUUUUUUUUGAAAAAAAUUCAAAUUUCUCGAGAAUAUUUACAAUUUUGCAAAUGUCUUGUGUAAAAAUUUAAACGGUAUUUUUUUGAAAAACUUAAAUUUCUCGAGAAUAUUUGCAAUUUUUUUCAAAUUUCUUGUGUAAAAAUUUAAACGGUAUUUUUUUGAAAAAAACUUAAAUUUCUCGAGAAUAUUUGCAAUUUUUUUCAAAUUUCUUGGGUAAAUUUUUCAACGGUAUUUUUUUGAAAAAAAUUUAAAUUUCUCGAGAAUAUUUGCAAUUUUUUUCAAAUUUCUUGGGUAAAUUUUUCAACGGUAUUUUUUUGAAAAAAAUUUAAAUUUCUCGAGAAUAUUUGCAAUUUUUUUCAAAUUUCUUGUGUAAAUUUUCAAACGGUAUUUUUUUUGAAAAAAAUUCAAAUUUCUCGAGAAUAUUUACAAUUUUGCAAAUGUCUUGUGUAAAAUUUAAACGGUAUUUUUUUGAAAAAAACUUAAAUUUCUCGAGAAUAUUUGCAAUUUUUUUCAAAUUUCUUGUGUAAAAUUUAAACGGUAUUUUUUUGAAAAAAACUUAAAUUUCUCGAGAAUAUUUGCAAUUUUUUUCAAAUUUCUUGGGUAAAUUUUCAAAAAAAUACCGUAGUUUUAUGGUGUACGGUAACACUCGUUCAGCUGUGCGCAUCCCGGAUUUCCCGCAAUUUUCUGCCGACUUUGGACUGCAAAAUCCGCGAGAUUUGCAGAGUUUCCGAGACUGAUGAGAAUGAGUGUCGAUCACGUUUUUGCUCAUUUUACAGAUUUAUUACUUUGGAAACUGUUCAUCGGAGUUGCCGGACGGACUGAUAAUGGCCGAAAUGACGGAGGCCCUCGACAUACCGCCCGUCUGUUUGCCACGUAAGCGAAAAAGUUUCCGUGUGUUGAUUGAGCUCGUCAAAGGGUUGCAAUGUUGAGAUUUGACGCAGACUUUGUAGGCGUCAAGUUUCAGACCGAUCGGAAUUUCACGUCAAGCCCGAAGCGCUUGUCGAGCCCUAGAACACUUCAAAUGAUCUCUUUUACAGUGCACAAAGAGCAAGUGUUGGUCGGAGAAAUUGUGCAAACGCAUCGAUGGAUGCAAGUGGUGCACAAGGGAAAAAAAUGGUUGGCGGAGACGAAAACGGUGGCAUGCGCGAAGGGGUUUGUUUGUGCGGAGGCGGAUAACAGAACGAGACAAGAAAUGGAUCCGUACGGAAAUCCACUGGUCAGGACGGAAGGCGGACGGUGGAUGGCUUUUGGAAUUCAGAGAAAGAGUACCGAUUUGACAGGGUGUCUUUCUUGGAUAUUGUAAUUUCAGAGACGACAACGAACCAGGUGGACACGUUCUACAAACUGACGGACUAUGCGGAUCGAAUUGUGAAAGUGAUCGGGGUUUCGGUACUCAAGAAAUUUAUGACGGCAGCAACGAGUACGGUAGCCACGACUCGAGCAGCCACGACUAGACUAGCCACGAUUACGGUACCCACAUCCACGACUAAUUUACCAACCAGUACGACGAUGCCUCCGACAACUGAGUCAACAUCAUUUCCCUCUUCCCCUUCAUCUUCUUCUUCUUCUUCUUCUCCGUCUCAACCAGCACGACCAUCCACAACUACAGUAAUCCCGCGAAAGUCGAUCCUCAUUCCGUUGGGUCCGGCGCCGCCGAAACAGAAAAAAAAGGUGGAUAAGUGGUGGGAGCACAUUCAUAAGCAAAAUGUCGAAUCGGAACGGAAGGGUGCCGGUGCCGCCGGCUCGAGCCUCGCUUUCAUUGCAUUCUUUGCCUGUUUGGUGUGA